AUGGAUGAGCCGCCAGUCAUCACCAUCUACAACCUCCCACCUAGCCGGGCUAGGUGGGAUAGGAUCGGGAUAUUCUACAUGACCUUUUGCGUCGUCUGGACCCUCCUCGUUCUUUCUGGUAUGAUCUUCUGCUGGAUCAAUCGCAAUGACCCAUUACUUCGACUUCGUGGAAUCGCCCUUUCAUUCUCAGCCAUAGUUUUGCUCCACGCCUACUGGAUCCUUGGCCAACUCGUCUACCCCAUCGGACAGACUAUGCCGAUCGUUCUCGCAUACAAUAUACAGUAUUUCUUCAUGGGCAUCUGGUUUCCGCUCGGAAUUGCUCUCUUCCAUGCAUCCAACAGUCGUCUUCUCCGUGUUGCGAAGAUGCAGAAGAAGUACAGCAGUGCCCAUUUAAGAGAUCAAUACAACUCUUCGGGACCUUAUAAUUCUUGGCCAUGUCGGUUUAGAUGCAUGGAAUACUCAAAGAAGUUGCUGCUGCUUACGGGGGCCGGUAUGUACGUUCAGAUUAUCUUGACAAUUGGCAUGUGGUUCGCAUGUCGCAAAUACCAUCCAACCUCUGGUAUUCCGGGUACCGAAAUCAAGAGUCAAACACUUCCCGAGCAAAUUGUUGAAUUAGGCCAAGGCUGGGAAUGGUGGCCGACUGUACUUUGGCAGGUAGUCUGGACAUGGAUGGUUGCACCAUAUCUGAUCUGGAAGACUUGGGGAAUUCAUGAUACUAUGGGGUGGCGGACACAAACUAUCGGCUGCUGCCUAUCUAGCUUACAUGCAACACCUAUGUUCUUGAUUGCAAGUUAUGUACCCGCAUUCGAACCGGUCAACGCUUACUUCCCGCCAAGUUCAUGGAUCCACGUCUCAAUAUUCCUCAUGGAAAUCCUUACUAUUUUUGUCCCUACGUUUCAACUCAUCAGACAACGCCUCUUUGUCAGGCGGGUCGAAAAUCUGAAUUUUGAGUGGGAAGCUUCCUUCUCAGCAUCAUCAUCGAUCCAAGAGCUCGAUAACCUACGAAGGGGCUUCGCGGUAGGCACUCAUCUACCGGUUCAAGUGGGACAUGAACUCUCAGAUCAGGAGAGGAAGGAGAUACUUCUGACUUCUAGCGCCUUCCACUAUACCCUCAAUAGCAACCCCAGGCCUCUCCAAGACUUUUCAGCCCUCAACGACUUUUCAGGGGAGAAUAUCGCUUUCUUGACAGAGGUGACAAGGUGGAAAAUCUCAUUGCGUGCGGAACCGAAUGAGAGAGAUGUACGCGAUGCGUAUAAUGGUGCACUUGAUAUCUACGCCAACUUUAUAAGUCCACACGAUGCCGACUUUCCACUGAAUCUUGCAUCGGCAGAUCAGAAGUUCAUGGAAAGGAUGUUCGAAGCAGCUGCGCGAGAAACAUACGGGCAGUCAAGCGUGCAUCCAGCUACGCCCUUCGACAGAACGACAUCUCUUGAGUCAGCACCUGUCUCAGGUAUGGAGAAGCCCUGCUACGCUGGGGUAGUCCCUGCGGAGUUUGGACCUAGGGUUUUCGAUAGCAUCGAGCAGCAUGUCAAGUAUCUUGUCUUGACAAAUACGUGGCCCAGAUUUGUUAAGCAAAUGCAGUCUCGGAGGCGUUCUGAGGAAACAACCAGGAGUGAUCAUUCGGCUUCGUCCGAGGCAACGAUGGUCAGUCGACUGUCACACAAAGUAUCUAAGCUGUUCUAUCAUAUCGAUUAA